ACAUUUGAAUAAAAACAAGUGGGCUCAGUUGUGUUGCGCUAGCGCCGGUAAACGCACGCGUCUAAAUACAGAACCAAGAUGGCCGCGCGUAGCGUACUGACCACCCAGUGUAUAUUCACCAUCUCGCGCCGGGCUUACAGCUCGGGAGCUGACAAAAAUGUCGGGUUCCUCGGACUCGGGAACAUGGGUGGCUUCAUGGCCGCCAACCUGGUCAAAAAGGGCUACAAUGUUCGUGGCUUCGACCCCUCAAAAGACGCACUGAACGCAGCAGCCAAGAACGGCAUCGCUCCUGUCAACUCCCUCGCCGCCGCCGUCGAAGGCGCCGACGUAGUCUUUUCCAUCCUCCCCAGCAACAAGGCUGUCCUCGACGCGUACCUUGAGAAGGAUGGCGUUGUUGCCCUUGCAAAGAAAGGAUCUCUCCUCAUCGACUCCAGCACAGUCAGCCCCGAGGUAUCCAGGAAAGUUGGCGAGGCCGCUGAAGAGAAAGGAUUACAUUUCUCAGAUGCUCCCGUUUCUGGAGGCACCAUGGGCGCCCAAAACGCGACUCUCGCCUUCAUGGCCGGAGGUCGCAAAGAGGACUUUGAUAGAGCCCUCGCCCUCCUCCAGGCUAUGGGCGCCAAGCACUUCUACUGUGGCGCGACCGGUGCUGGCCAGGUUGCCAAGCUGACCAACAACCUUCUCAUGGGCAUCACUGGCAUGGCCACCGCUGAGUGCAUGAACAUGGGUAUCAAAAUGGGUCUGGAACCUAAAGUAUUGCUCGACGUGCUGAACAACUCCUCAGCGAGAUCGUGGUCCACCGAGGUGUACUGCCCCGUGCCCGGCCUGGUGCCCACCGCUCCUUCCAGCAGAAACUACGACGGUGGCUUCAAAAACGACCUCAUGGUUAAGGACUUGGAGCUGGCCAGCGGCAUGGCCCUCAGCAUCAGAUCCCCAGUUCCCCUCGGCGCGGUGGCGACGCAGCUGUACCGUAUCGUCCAGUCCCGAGGCUACGGCCAGAAGGACUUCUCAUUCGUAUUCCAGCUCCUCAAGGAAGAGUCGGACAAGAAGUAAUUUAAGGCAUUUGUACUUGUUUUGUUAAUAAAUAUGGAGUUUUAUGUUUAGUUA